UGUUUACAGGGAUUUAUUAAAGAUGUACAUGAAGAUUCGCUCACGGUUGUUUUUGAGAACAACUGGCAGCCAGAACGUCAGGUUCCAUUCCAUGAAGUUAGAAUGCCACCCCUACCAGAUAUCAAGAAAGAAAUUACUGAAGGGGAUGAAGUUGAGGUUUACUCCAGAGCCAAUGACCAAGAACCUUGUGGAUGGUGGCUUGCUAAAGUUCGAAUGAUGAAAGGGGAGUUUUAUGUUAUUGAAUAUGCUGCUUGUGAUGCUACCUACAAUGAAAUUGUCACAUUUGAGCGGCUUCGACCUGUGAACCAGAACAAGCCUGUCACAAAGAAUUCUUUCUUUAAAUGCAUGGUGGACGUUCCAGAAGACCUGAGAGAAGCGUGUGCCAGUGAGGCUGUGCAUAAAGAAUUCAAGAAAGCUGUAGGAGCAUGCCGUGUGUAUUUUAAUGCAGAAUCUAAUCAAUUAAUUAUCUUGUCUGCAAGUGAAGCAACGGUGAAGCGGGUAAAUAUUCUAAGUGACAUGCACUUACGCAGUAUUCGCACAAAGCUGAUGCUUAUGUCAAGAAAUGAAGAAGCCACCAAACAUUUAGAAUGUACAAAGCAACUUGCAGCAGCAUUUCACGAAGAAUUUGUUGUCCGAGAAGAUUUAAUGGGACUGGCAAUAGGUACACAUGGAAAUAACAUUCAGCAAGCCAGGAAGGUUCCAGGUAUCACAGCUAUCGAAUUAGAAGAAGACAGUGGGACUUUUCGAAUCUAUGGUGAGAGUGCAGAGGCUGUAAAGAAAGCACGGAGUUACUUGGAGUUUGUAGAGGACUUUAUUCAGGUUCCCAGGAAUCUUGUUGGAAAAGUCAUUGGCAAAAAUGGUAAAGUCAUUCAAGAAAUUGUGGAUAAAUCUGGAGUUGUACGGGUGAGGAUUGAAGGAGACAAUGAAACAAAGCUACCCCGUGAAGAUGGCAUGGUUCCAUUUGUAUUUGUAGGAACAAAGGAGAGCAUUGGAAAUGUUCAGGUUCUUCUAGAGUAUCACAUUGCCUACCUUAAAGAGGUAGAGCAACUAAGACUGGAAAGACUUCAAAUUGACGAGCAACUUCGUCAAAUUGGUAUGGGCUUCCGGCCAUCAUCAAGCAGAGGAACAGAAAAAGAAAAGGGUUACGCAACUGAUGAAAGUACUGCCUCUUCUGUCCGUGGAAGCCGGUCUUACAGUGGAAGGGGCCGAGGACGUAGGGGCCCAAAUUACACGUCUGGCUAUGGUACAAACUCUGAGCUGUCCAAUCCUUCUGAGACGGAGUCAGAAAGGAAAGAUGAGCUAAGUGACUGGUCACUAGCUGGUGAAGAUGAUCGUGAGAGCCGCCAACAGAGAGACAGCCGAAGGCGCCCUGGAGGCCGAGGUCGAAGUGGAUCUGCUGGACGAGGGCGUGGUGGAUCUAGGGGUGGCAAAUCUUCUAUUAGCUCUGUUCUCAAGGAUCCUGACAGCAACCCAUACAGCUUACUUGACAACACAGAAUCGGACCAGACAGCCGAUACUGAUGCAAGCGAGUCUCACCACAGCACUAACCGCCGCAGGCGAUCACGCAGGAGGAGGACUGAUGAAGAUGCAUCUUUGAUGGAUGGGAUGACUGAAUCAGAUAAUGCCUCUGUUAAUGAAAAUGGCUUGGAUGAUAGUGAACAAAAACCCCAGCGACGCAAUCGUAGCCGCAGGCGUCGCUUCAGGGGUCAGGCAGAAGAUAGACAGCCAGUUACAGUUGCAGACUAUAUCUCCAGAGCCGAAUCUCAGAGCCGACAGAGAAACCUCCCUAAAGAACCACUGGCUAAGGGCAAAAAAGAAAAGGUAAAGGAUGUAAUUGAAGAACACAGUCCUGCAGAAAAAGUCACAAAUGGCCCUCGAGGGUCCUCUGGCGACAAUGCUUCAAAGUCUCAGACAUCAGCCCCAGAAAGAAAAGAUGGAAGCAACCAAGAAGCCAUACUGAACGGGGUGUCCUAA